UAAAGGCAAGAACGUUGCACAGACUUGUGAAAAAAUUUGUGCUGUUUACGGUGAAGAUACUCUAUCAAAAUCAGCAGUACGGAAAUGGUUCGCUCGCUUUCGUACUGGAAAUUUUGAUGUCAAAGAUGAACCUCGCUCCAGUCGAUCAAUCACCGAAAAGUCUGAUGAAAUCAUGGAAAAAGUUGAGCGUGAUAAGCAUAUGAACAGUAUGGAGAUUGCCAGGGAACUAGACAUCAACUACAAAACAGUUUUGAAUCAUUUAUACAAAGCUGGAUACAAAAAGAAGCUCGAUGUUUGGGUUCCUCAUGAGUUGAGUAUUAAGAACAUGAUAGACCGAAUUAACAUUUGCGAUACGCUACUGAAACGGAAUGAAAUUGAGCCAUUUCUGAAGAGAAUGAUAACUGGUGAAAAAUGGAUCACGUACGACAAUCGAACUCGAAAAAGUUCGUGGACAAAGGAAGGUGCAAGCAAUCGCAAAACCUGAAUUGACGAUGAAGAAGGUGAUGUUGUGUGUGUGAUGGGAUUGGAAGGGAAUCGUUCACUAUGAGCUGUUAUCACCCGGUCAAAUAAUUAAUUCCGAACUCUACUGUGAACAACUGGAGAGAUUACAAGCAAUUGAGAGGAAGCGGCCAGAAUUGAUCAAUAGGAGAGGUAUCGUCUUCCAUCACGACAACGCUCGACUACACACAUCUUUGAUGACUCGGCAAAAAUGGCGAGAGCUUGGUUGGGAAGUUUUGAUACAUCCAUACAUAUAGUCCUGACAUAGCACUCUCAGACUAUCAGUUGUUUAAGUCUCUACAGAACUCUCUUAAUGGUGUAAAGCUGGCUUCAAAAGAGGCAUGUGAAAAUCAUUUGAAGCAGUUUUUCGAUCAGAAACCACAGAAGUUCUAUCACGAUGGGAUUAUAACACUGCUCCAAAAAUUGCAAAAUAUUAUCGAAAAUAAUGGAGCAUAUUUGGUUUGAAUAAAUUGAUUUUAAUACUCUAAGAAAAACACUUGAAUUUUACUAAAAAAACGCCACGAACUUUUUCCCACACCCAAUAAUUAUCUUAUUCAUUACGCGAUGGAGAAGCAUUUUAAGUUCUGUUUUUUUUAUUUAUAACUUUGGAUAUGACUUUAAACGAAUUGUAGCUAUUGAAUAUAAUGAAAUGUACCGUACUUUUACAUAUUUUUAAAUGAAUACUCUUCUUAGAAAUAUAAAUAAUUUCCAAAUUUUAAAAAGAAGCUUUUACAAAAAAAUUUCACGAAUUAUAGUACUUGCCUCCCGGACAUUACAUAUUAUGACGUUCUAAGGACUAUUUAAAAGACGGAAUUUUAAGAUGUCUUAUGUCCCGACUUAGAUGUCUUUAAGAUAUUAUUUUAAGAUAUCUUAAAGACAUGCUGUUUAUAAAAUUACUUUAAAAUCCUUAAAUGUAUAUUUAGUUGCGAAUUUCUAGAAUUUUGCAUAGAACAUUAAAAAGGAAAGAAUAUUUUAUUGAAUAUUGUUUGUAAUAGGUUGAAAAUUAUAUUAAUUCAAACUAGACUGUGGAUUUGCUCGUUCGUCUGCUUCAUCGUUCGUCUGCUUUAAAUUUUAAAGUUUAUACUAGAUACCAUCAUUAUCAGCUGUCAUCGACUCCUAAUUCUAACCUUGAGUAAAUGGAAAAGACGGAUGAGCAAAUCUAUAAUGUAAUCAUAAUUCUAAAGGAAACUAUAUAUAUAUGAAAGAAAAAAAAUUUUCAUUCGGCACAAUAAUUCAACUGAAAACUAGAGCAAAUUAUAGAAAUUCGCGAUUUAAUAAGUUCUGUAAGAUUUUUUUUCGUGCUGACAUAUUUCCCGUGCAUAAUAUUUACAGACUAAAUUGUUUUCAAAAUAUUUAUUGUAACAUAAAUGUCGAGUGCAUAAAUGUCAUUGUAGAUAAUGUAGACAGUUACAUAAUAUCUUUUAAAUGUCUUACAAUAGGUGAAUUUAUAAGAUGUCUCGUAAAGUUUUUACGAUGUCUAUAAGAUAUGUUUUCGUACUGUCUUAAAGAUAUUUUUUAAACACGCAUGUUGUGGGAGUUUUUAAUCUAAAACAUUUCUUUCUUAUAUAUUUUUUGUUAUAAAUAAAAACGGAGAUUAAAAUAUUAAAAUAUAAUAUAUUCUUUAUACAUAACGUAUUGUUUAUACAAUAAGAACUGUGAUUUAAGAUCUUAUAGGACCUUUCUCCCUAUCAAUAAUAAUUUACAAAAUUUUUAUAGUUAACAUGAAAAUAAUGUAUUAUUUUACAAUUAUUUGGUCAUCUUGUAAGUUAUAAUAAAUACAUUAAAUUAGAUAAAAUACAAUAAAUCU